AGAAGACUCCCCACGCGGAGGAGUAUGCGCUCGGGCAGAGUCCGAAUUUCGUCAUCGUAGUGAACUUCCACAAUAAACACGAAUCGACAGCUUCUCGACCAUGGGCUACGUCUCACGUGCCCAGAUUCAUCUUACACUGUUGUUCGUGGUUGGAGUUCAUUGCGAGACAGACCGAUUCUGUUUCCCUUCAAACAUGCACAGAGCGAGCUGCGAUUCAGAUAACGCGUAUGUUUGGGUGCCGAAAGGCGGACUCAUUCCGUGUUCGCCAGUUUGCCAACUCAAGUACCGUUUCACGAACGAAAGGUACAUUUCUGCGAGAAGAAUCUACGAAGUUUGCCACUACGACUCCGAGAAGAAAAUGUUCUACCACGGCCUAGCGGAUAGGGAUCGGUGCGCGUGCCGGGACUGGGCUGCGUACGAACGAAGAGAGGAUCGAUGGAUAAAUCAUUUCAACGUUACUUGGUUCUGCAACUCGGACUGGGACAUCAAGCGAACAGAUUUUGUGGGAGUCUACGUGAUAGAUUGCGAUAGACAAGAUUAUCUGCCAGGAAUCUGCGAGCAGGACUGCACCAAUAGCACACUAUGGCCCCCCGAGGACGCUCAAGAACUGCAGGGUCAGUUCCUCAAACCGAAAUGUCAGCCGGUCGUUCCUUCAUGCAAUAAAACCGCCCGGGUGUGUUAG